CCGCUACCUUAAUUUUGACAUAAUCUACCAAGGAUUCCGUACUCUUAUCUCUAGUUACAGAGUAGUUAGUAUCUGAGCUUUCCACCGAGUUCUCUGAUAAGCUCUAGUGCCCCACCAUCCAACGGCUCGCUUCACGUGUGACAGUUCCAAGUUCCUGCGCCAUCAACUCGAGCUUACUACCCUGUCACUCUCCUCGCAAGCUGUGACGACACCGAAAUUUGCGAAGCAACCUCGGUCGUGCCACACAACAGUCGACCCAUUGCCCGCAUCCGUUCAGACUACCACGGUCGCACCAUUAGCUCAGCCUCGCCAUCCUCUCUCGCUGAGCGACCGACCGCCUUGGUAGUAGGAGCCUGCGGGGCUUCCAGAGCUUCCCAUGUGCUGACUUGGCACCGAGCUUCGCGGCUAAAUCGAAGACAAGGCGAGUGCGAAGGCAACUUCCCGACAAAGCUUUCUCGUUUCAGAGGACGCGUCUCUCGCCUAGCUCUGCACCAUAAGCAGUCGCGGGCUUCAACACCAAACGCCGGGGUGUAACGCGCAAUUCACCCAGCCACUAAUAUUCUACGCUCGAUUAUCGCCAUGUCUUCCGAGGCAGCGAAACAGGCGCCGCAAGGCGCGAAGUCGUCGGCUCCUUCCAAGGAGCUCUACCCGAUGAGCAAUUGGAAGUAUGACGGCUUUUUGUGGACAAUGUCUGUGCUGGUGGACUUGUUCUUCCGCGAGGUGCAUCCCCGAGGCGCUUGGAAGGUGCCGCGACACGGUCCGGUGCUCUUCGUUGCCGCUCCUCACGCCAACCAGUUCGUCGAUGCUCUCAUCCUCCAGCGAACCCUCAAAAUGGAAGCGAAGCGCCGCGUAUCUCUGCUCAUCGCUCAGAAGUCGGUACAUGGCUUCAUUGGGUGGGCAUCUCGCCAGGUUGGCUCCGUACCCGUUGGCCGCGCGCAAGACUCGGCGAGGCCUGGUCAAGGGACCAUCUACCUUCCCGAUCCCAUCAACGACCCGACUCUUAUUCGCGGAGUUGGCACAGACUUCGAGAAAGACGCCGAGGUCGGCGGCAUGCUCUUUCUUCCGUCCGCCAAGGGCCAGAGUGGCGCGAGCGUCGAUAUUGCGGAAAUCCUCGGUCCUCAGGAAAUCCGCACCAAGCGUCCCUUCAAGGGCAAGCUUGCCAUGGCCCAGCUCACGGCCCGAGACGACAUUGACCAGAACGGCAACCUCACGAACGUUGACGUCCACGGGCCGGCGCCGGGUUAUCAGGGAACCAAAUACAAGAUCGCCCCUCACAUCGACCAGUCCAAGGUCUACCAGGCGGUUUUUGACCGCCUCAAAUCAGGUGGAUGUGUCGGCAUCUUCCCAGAGGGUGGUAGCCACGACCGGACCGAGCUGCUCCCCCUCAAGGCCGGUGUGGCGAUCAUGGCACUGGGAACCCUCGCCGAGGCUCCGAAUUGCGGACUCAAAAUCGUGCCGGUUGGCAUGAACUACUUCCACGCCCACAAGUUCCGCUCGCGGGCCGUCGUCGAGUUCGGCCCUCCGUUUGAGGUCCCCCCCGAACUGGUUGAGAUGUACAAGAACAACCGGAGGAGGGACGCAAUCGGUCAGCUCUUGGACAUGGUCCACUCCGCGUUGAGCGCCGUUACCGUCUCGACUCCCGAUUACGACACCCUUAUGGUCAUCCAAGCAGCGCGCAGGCUGUAUAACCCGACCGGAAAGAAGCUUCCCCUGCCCGUGGUCGUCGAGCUCAACCGCCGGCUGGCCAUGGGCUAUGAGAGGUACAAGGACGACCCGCGGGUUAUCAAGUUGAAAGACUCGGUCACCGAGUACAACAGGCAGCUCCGCUAUCUGAAUAUCCGCGACCACCAGGUCGAGUACGCCAGAUUGUCGUGGCAUAUCGUCGUUCUCACCUUCGUCUAUCGUCUCAUCAAGCUCAUCAUCCUCUCGGCCGGCGUGCUCCCUGGCCUCAUUCUUUUCGCGCCGAUAUUCAUCGCGACAAAGUACAUUAGCCGCCAGAAAGCGAAGACGGCUCUCGCCGGUUCGUCGGUCAAGAUCCAGGGCAAGGACGUCAUUGCCACAUGGAAGCUCCUAGUCUCCAUGGCCCUCGCACCCGUCCUCUACGGCGCCUACACCUUCCUCACCAUGUAUUGGGUCUAUAUGGACCGGCUCGGUGGUCUUGUUCCCGAGUGGGUGUCCCUCUGGAUGGUGUUCUGGGCGUGCUGGAUCAUCUUCCCGUCCAUCACCUUCGCGGCGCUGCGCUUCGGCGAGGUCGGUAUGGACAUCCUCAAGUCGCUCAGGCCGCUGGCGCUCUGCAUCAACCCGUCUUCUAGCUACAGCAUCAGUCAACUUCGCGAGCGUCGCGCCGAGCUCAGCGCGCAGGUUACCAGCAUCAUCAACGCGAUCGGCCCGGAGAUGUUCCCCGAUUUUGAGCACACUCGGUUAGUCUUCGACGCUUACAGCCGCGGCGUAUCCAACGACGUGAGCAACGCGUUCCUCAACAACACGGGCUCGGGUCCAGGCUCCCCGACGCACUCGCGCGACCAGAGCGGCGCGUCCUCGCCAAAUGUCGACGGCGCCGCUAGCCCGGGCAUCUCGCGGCGCAACACCACGCAGUCCAGCCGCGCCAUCCCACGUAACGAGUCAUUCAGCAACAUUGGUCAGGCGCCCAUCUUCGCCACGCGGCCCCCCAGCCGCAGCAGGAGCCGGAGCAGUAGCGCUGGCGGCGGUCUGGGGAUGGCGGGGUUCCCUGUCAGCGGUUUCACAAGCUUGGAUAGCAAGGAAGGGUUCGACCAGGCGAACCGCAAGAUCCGCGAGGCGAUGCGAGAGCGCGGAGAGCUGAGGCGGCGGCAGAGGGAGAAGAGGAGGAUGUCGCUGGCGGAUGAGGACGGCUUGACUAGCGACGAGGAGGAGAGCGCCGAGAGCGCAUCUGGGUCGGCUCUGACGGAUUACGAGGAGGCGAGAAAGGCGAAAUAGGGGCUUGCUGCUCGCUUCCUCAUGAGUGGGCCUCGUUGGAAGCAGCCGCCUGGACAAACUGAGGGGGCUAUUAGGGUCGUGUAAAAGUUGGGGGACCCUGAGAUUCGGG